AUGCCGAACCACAAGCGUCCUCGCAGAAGGAGCAGCAAAAUUUACCGCCCCAGCAAUUUUAACAUCCUUUUUGGAGAGACGCAGAAGAGGCAGGGGUACCAACUCUCCAUCGACACGAUACAUAAAUGCCUGGACCUCAUAACCCUACAGCAGACGCUGCUGAACGCCCAGCUGGGCUACCCCGUGAAUAUGCUCAACUGCAAACGUGUGGAGAUCUCCCUUUGCGUACACAUUUUAAUUUAUAAGAAAAUGUAUAACCAGGCAGACAAUGUUAUUAAUGUCUUUCAAUGGGAAUACACCUUCACGUACUGCCUGGCUUGUCUCUUCUGUCUGCUCUUAGAAAGGAGCUUCCACUUUUUUGAAGAGCUCAUCCAUUACGUUAAGAUAAAGCUGAGCAACGACGACUUGGAUUUGUUCCUCCUCCACGUCCUGCACUUGUUUUUGGAGUACCGCACCAAGUGGAGGCACGUCUACGCGGGGGUGGAGCGGCUCAAUGGGGAGCAGCCACAUGGGGAGCAGCCAAAAGGAGACCAGCCAAAAGGAGACCAGCCAAAAGGAGACCAGCCAAAAGGAGACCAGCCAAAAGGAGACCAGCCAAAAGGAGACCAGCCAAAAGGAGACCAGCCAAAAGGAGACCAGCCGCAUGCCGACCAGCCUGCCGCCCUUCCUACCGCCCAACCUUCCGCUGACCGCGACUUCCCGCGCGAGGCGCUGCUGCACAUCACCGACAGGGACUGCCUCUUCUACGCGCACACCCUCCUCUUCAUCCACGGCAAGCGGCAGUACGCAGGCAUCCUCAAAAAUAUGAAGCGCCUCCUAUUCAGCAACAUUAGCAAAAAUGACAUCCGCAAAACGGUCAUCGGGGCAUAUAAGUUCGCCCACCGGGAUCGACGGAUGAACUUCAAUUGGAUUCACGCCAACCGGGGGUCCUUUAAGAAGGCCUCCGGGAGCAGCGGCGGAGCUGGCGGCGACUGCAACGUUGGCGACUGCAAAGCUGGCGAGGAGGACCACUUCGAUGAGGAGGACCACUUCGAUGGGGAGGACCACUUCGAUGGGGAGGACCACCUCACACAGCUGAUGUCGCUCGCCAGGAAGUACCCGGACAACAUCAAGGAGAACAUCACGCGGGAGAUUCUGGCCAUUCGCGGCGCAGCGGUGUAG